AGUGAACAAAUAUUCGGACAAGUACUUCGUUGAAUCGAUGGUCCUACUAUCUUGGGUAUCAAGACAAAAGAAGCCAUCAAAAGUGUCCAACCUGAAGAUCUGGAAGAAUCACAAGAGCAGUUCGUAAAGUUUACUGUAGACCAGUCCGUGACGGCGCUGCGCAUGUUGCAUCUGGGCCUUUUCCAGUGUUUGGGAACUUGAAAGGGAUAGACUUUUCAUCACCCAAUUGGACUCUUAGAGCAAUCACAGUUGCCUCUGAUGUUCCUCGUCGACGUCAACACGGCGCGUCUCUACGGUAAGUAUGCCAUACACCGCCCUCGUCAAAGGGGUGUCUCCUGUCUCCUCUUUUCUCCCCUCGGAGGCUCGGAUACAUUCUGCCCUCGGGUACCUUCUGGACCGAACCAGUACGCCAAGUCAAUUAGAUGUAGAAUGACGUCUCUGACAUGAUAUGGCAUCUGAAUGAAGUUCAAAAUCCUGUGCAUUGCCGCAUAAAAGUUGUACGCUCGAUUCUCGAGCCUAGGCGGGUCUAAGCGAUUCCCCAACUCCUCUUGCAGUGCAUGAGCCUACACACAAUGAGCCCACACGAACUGGUAUAUGCCAUAGGCCCAGGACGUUCGCAUAUACCAUAAUGUGGUGGGGCACCCCCAAGAUCGUCUUCGUUCUCGUCUUCGUGAUCAACUGCGUUCUCUGGUCCCAAAGUCGGUAUGGCGAUCUCAAAAGCGUGCGUUCACGCAGUCCGGAACUGUUCACUCAGGGAGGUGCUUCGAAGGGGCACCAGGUUGGUGCAGGUGCUAGUUUGCUUGGACACAGAAGGGAUGAGUGCCGUCCUGUAUCAUUCCCGGUAAAGGACCAAUGCUCCAUCGCCCAAGAAUUAUGUCCUCACUCAGAUACUUUCCUGUCCAUACCCUAUCUUCAACAUUACUUCUGCUCAGACUCACAUAUACGCCCACUCCUCUUCACCGGCUACAUCGUCUGGCUCAUAUUUCUCUUUUCCACUCUCGGAAUUAGUGCUUCGGAUUUCUUUUGCCCAAACCUCGCUACCCUUUCACAUCUCCUAGGUUUAGAUGAAAAUGUCGCCGGGGUGACAUUCUUGGCUUUUGGGAACGGCAGUCCGGACGUCUUCUCGACUUUCGCGGCCAUGCGUAGCAAUUCAGCCGGAUUGGCUAUUGGUGACUUGCUUGGUGCAGCUUUGUUCGUGACUUCCUGCGUCGUGGGGUCUAUGUGUAUCAUUAAGCCUUUCAAGGUCGAUCGAGGACCGUUCCUACGAGACGUUGGGUUCUUUACGUUCGCGGUUAUGAUGGUUUUGGUGAUGCUAUGGGAUAAUGAGAUCAAAGCAUGGGAGGCGGCGUCCAUGAUUGCCCUCUAUGCUAUUUAUGUUACUGUGGUUGUUAUUGGUUCCUACCUCGAGAAGACGGGUAUGUGGCUGAAGCAGGAAGAUGCUUGCCUACCCGACGAAUUUCAGGAGGAAGGCAUUGUUUAUACGCCAUAUCGUGAUGAACCAGAGUUGAGCCCAACGCCAAAAGAUGUCCCGUCUCUCCAAGUCCCAUAUACCAGAACUCGCUCUGUCUCAGCACCAGGUCCUCCUCCUCGUCUCCAGCUGGAACUUCCGCCAAGGCCACAAACACGCUGCCCAUCACCCCAAUCAUUCCACUCUGCCCGUACUGAGCAUCACCAGCACCACCAGCACUGUUCGUCACACUCGCGUACAAAACACAUGCCAUCGUUCUCCCUCAUCGGAGCUCUGGAGUUUCGCCGGGUCGUCUCUGAACUACAGCAACAUCCCGAAGGCUCGUUGAGCUUGCCCGAGAGUCCUAUACCAUCCUAUCCCGGUGGUCAUUAUCAUCCACAUCGCAGCUCAAGACCUCGAACACCGAUUGAGUACAGCUCAGAGCGCGAUCCAUGGGAUGCUCGAUUAGAACUUCCUUUUGAUGGGCGUUCGACGCUUGGCGUGACACCUUCAGAAAGAGAGAACGGUUUGGAGGGUCCGACACCGAUUAUCAAAAUUACCAACACGCCAGCCUCGCCCCUCACGGUUGAUACUUUGUCGGAAGAAGAGACACCGCAGAAGACCCUGGGCAUAAAGCGUCAACAUGUGUUUAGUGCCCUCGCGAAGACGUACCAUAUCCUGUUCCCUACGCUCCAUGAUUUUCAAGAAAAAUCUCUCUUGGGGAAGCUUGCUGCUGUGUUCGCAGUACCUGCCAUGCUGGCAUUGACACUGACUCUGCCUGUCGUUGUCACUGACCACGAUUGUGACAAUGGACAGGAAGAGAAGGUCCUGACGGACGAAGCUCGGUUAGUCCACGUCGAGGAGGAAGCAGUAGUAGAGAGGACGAUUGUCGCCGAGGACAUAAUCGAAGAAGAGUUGCAUGAACUCAAGUUCAACAAGUGGUUGAUGGCCACGCAAUGUAUACUUGGACCGUUAUUCUGUGUCACCGUUCUUUUCGAUGGAACAAAACAUGAGCCAUGGUUCUUCCUAGCCGCAGGCGUCGCAGGCACAAUAGUCGCCAUCCUCGUUGCCGCCUUCGCCCAUCGCGGCGAUAGCCCAGCCGCUUGUCUCGCCCGAUGUGCCAUGGGGUUCGUCGUCGCUAUCGUCUGGGUCAUGGCGAUCGCCGACGAAGUAGUCGAAGUCCUCCAAACCAUUGGCCUCAUAUUUGGUCUGUCUGACGCCAUCAUCGGUCUCACCAUCUUCGCCAUCGGUAGUUCGCUCGCCGACUUGGUCGCAAAUACAUCCGUCGCUGUCUUUGCUCCCAUCAUGGGUUUCUCUGCGUGUUUCGGUGGCCCUAUGAUGAAUAUCCUCUUGGGCAUAGGUAUCUCUGGGUCUUCUAUCAUUCGGCAGAAUGGUGGAAAAUCAUAUCCGCUCCAUUUCAGCACGACACUCGUCAUUACGGGGACUGGCUUGCUGGCUCUGUUGGUCUUGUCAUUGGUGUUUGUCCCUUGGAAUGGGUACUUCUUACCUAGAAGUUGGGGCGUUGCACUUAUAGUGGGUUAUAUUGGUGUCAUGAUGGCAAAUGUUGUUGUAGAGGUCACGAUGACUUCUUCAUAGCAUGAUGAUCAGGAAUAAACGUUGACGUUGUAUCUGAUAAUUUAUCGUUGUAUUAUCCCAGUUUUGCUUGUCUAGUGUUGUACAUAUGUGUAUCUUUAGCGUCAUGUAUUCCUCUUGUUCUCUGCGUACAGGCUUCGUACUUAACAUACAGUACAUUACUUGUAGACUCUAGCUCAUAGUUAUCCUGGCUGGUUGAUACGGACCAAAUUGCAUUUGAGGACACGAUGGUGCCUAAUAUCUAAGUAUCAUAUGCAAUGCUAGGAGACGAUGGAGCUCAAGGUGUCAACAAAGAGUUGCGCUACUAUACUGUGCGUAAUAAUCAAUCCAAUCUUCUC